GGGAAAGAAAGAAGGGGGAAGAAAUAUUGGGGACAGUGGCACAAAGCAGGUGAGGAUACCUGGCAUUCUUGCAUCUUUCAGAUCAGCUGUCUCACCAAUGCAGAACAGCUUCACAGCAACCAGGCUUCCUGUGUGAGGACCACACCACUUGCUUGCUGCCCUCUCUGCUUUGUGAUGGCAAGAUGGACUGUGGAGAUGGUGGAGAUGAAUCUGCCACCUACUGUGGUCAAAUGCCCAACAGUCUCCCACCAAACUUGAUUUUCAAGUGUCCCAACCAGAAGACAUGGAUAUAUGUGGACAGGGUGUGUGACACAAAGAAUGACUGCGGUGACUGCUCAGAUGAGUCAGUUUCACAGAGCCCAGCGUGCUCAGGCUGGAGAUGUGAUACUGUUUUCUUCGCUGACUGUGCCUGCAUUCCCAGAAGUCGCUGCAGAAACGGCAUCCAAGACUGUACUGACUGGAGUGAUGAAAACCUGUGUGAUUAGGUUUAUAAUCGAGGUUUCAGAAAAGCUGAAAAAUGCUUCUUGCCCUAAGACUUCUCUCAAAGUAUCGGCGUGUCUGUCUUCCAUAUUUACCUUCUUGGAAUGUAGGGAAGGAAGAACCUGUGCCUCGUUAACCAAGAAAACUGGCAGAAAUCAGAUGCAACUUUAGGUCCCUGUUCUAAAUUUGUUUGCAAAUAACCACAGGGUUAUGUGGGAAGCACACACAUGUACUCUUGUUUUAACCAGUAUGAAAACAGUUACCCUAAGAACUUUUAGAUGGAGAUGCCUAGUUCACUAGUGUUUAAUAGCCCUGGUCCCAGAUCUAGCAGAAAAUUAAAUUUUUAAAUGUUUUUAAAUUAGUACAUAAAGUAUUAGAAGUCAUUAUGGCAUUUUUCAAAGUGUGUUUUAAGUAGAUAGCCUCCAUGCUCUUUUUAACUUCCCCUGUAGUCUCCUUCCCAUGUGUCCUUUUUGUCUCCAUCUCCUCCUUCCUCAACAUCUCUUUACCCUCUCUUGGUCUCUUCUAGCUUUUGAAGGCUUUAUGUUAAUAUUGUGUUCAGGUAUAUAUUACAAGCUAGGAUCUGCAUAUUAGAGAAUGUAGUUUUUAUCUGAGUUUGGGACCCAUUUUCCUGGAAUUUUUAUCUUUCUUCACAGUGGAAUAAAAUUCCAUUGAACAUCUA